AUGCAGCAAGACUAUCAGCCGCCUGAUCAGCUCGAAAGACUGACCGGCAGUGACGAGGCGGAAGACCUUCUGUCUCUGUUAAACACCGUCAAGCAAGCCAUUCCGGCAGCAAAUGCAGUCUCCAGUGGUGCCAUAUUGUCAACAUACCAGCGGACCAGGGUCGAAUCGGUGGUUCUGAGAAUGGGCAUGACCCCGCUGGCGUAUCUAUGGCAGUAUCCCUUCCUCCCUCCGCCACCAGAACGGAACGAUUCUUCCACUGGUCUGCUCGACGACAUGCUCGCUGCUGGCUGUGACGCGAUACUGGUCAAAUCAGCCUCGUAUGGUAUCCCUCCGACACUGCUCAGCAGAAGCCUCGGGAAUGCCGGCACGAUCAUCGCGAUUGGUCACGGCUUCAGGAACAGGAAUCUAUUCAUCGAAGACGAGGCCGAAUAUCGUGCUAGUGUGCUUGGAGAGGGUGGAGAAUACGAGACACUGACAGUAAAUGGUCCUCGCUCUCUGUGGCGAAAGAAAAUCAACUGGAGACCAAGUCAGACGUGGGGGGAUGGGGACGCUACCUUGGAGCUCGACAAUGCACCUGAGGUUGUUGCUCAGGACCCGGAGGAUCAGCACCUGGAGCAGCCGCUUCGGAUACCGGCUGAGUUCGAUGUCUCAUUUGCAGCCAUUGUCAACCAAUGUCGGCAACACAGCGUCGAUGAGGUGGCAGGCCGCUCUCGUCCGCAUCCUCUCCAGGCCGACGAGACUUCACAAGCUUUCGGCGAUCAGUUACUGCAGCAUACAAUGGCAUUCUCGACCCAUCACGUGGCCGUCACGAAUAUCACAGCUGCUCUGAGGCCCAGUCUCAUGGAGGAGGGUGCCACUGACCACAUUUUAGGUGGAAGUGCUAGUUUGGGCGCUAUGUCAGCCGCUCAGCAGAUGCAGCAGAUCUCACUGGUCGUCAAAUCAUUUCUGCAGAUGUUUUCGAGACUGUUGGGACUCUAUGAGUCCAUCACCGUGCGAAAUGUUACGUCGACGAUGCUUUUGCUGGCUUCUAUGGACGACUUUUCAUCAGUGAAUGUGCACUACGCAGAGCUCUUCUCUUCCAUCAACCCUCCAGCCCGCUGCACAUUUGCAACUGCUCUACAAAGCGAUGUCAAAGUGUCACUGAGCAUAGUUAUCGACUUGAGACAUGCCGAUGCAAGACGUUCACUCCACGUACAAAGUCGAAGCUACUGGGCACCUGCAAACAUUGGGCCGUAUAGUCAAGCUGUGGCUGAGCGACUGAGUUCUAUCGGCUUCGACGAUGAUCCAGCUUCAAGAGCAGAGCUUGUCAAUUUUGCUGGACAAAUACCACUCCGUCCCAUCACGAUGGAACUGGCGUUUGAGGAUGAGCUGCAGAAUAUAGCCCUCAGUCUUCAGCACCUGUGGCGCGUUGGUCAAGAGCGAGAGGUCGAUCUAUGGAUGUGGGGGUUGGCUCUCCUUGCAGGGUCGGCAAACUUCGCUCAAGCUGCACAACAGGCCUUCGAUAUAUGGUACAGACGGCAUUCCGCGCCCACGGGAUUGGAAGAUGGCAAUGAAGACCAAGACGAGGAAGUCGACGUGUGGGAUUUGGUCCAAAACAGGACACGCUACGAUGGUCGCGGCGCCACAUAUCGAGCGCCGGCGAAUGCUCAUCUACACACACUACCAAACUGGCAGUCACUCGACGGGAGCAAAAAGGCGGUGCCACCAUUUGUCGCUGCAGAAGUCUCACAACUUCCUCGGAGUGUUCCCAUCGAGUGGUGGAGCAUUGGUCUCGGACGACUUCCCAAGGGCCCUAAAGCGUGUGCUCGGCAACGAGAAUGCAAAAUAUGUACAGGUGAGACAAGCGACAUCGUCCACAGAACGCUGCAGUACAUACAUGGAGAGGAGGGAUGCUUCGUGUCCGUCUUCGUCAGACUCAAUUCGCCCUCAGCAGCGCGCGAGUAUCACGAUGUGCUGUCGCGUCUGUUCCAGCACACUCACGACGCUGGCCGCAAAGUCGUAUCCGGCCACUGCUUGCUGAAUGGAUCAGUCGGCGCCCAGUACUACUCCCGCAUCGCUAAUAAGCCGUGGAUGCGAGGUAUCGCAGUGGUGCCUUGUCAUGACCUGUACUUCGGCUGUGCUCCUUCGCAGUCUGACGAGAAUGCUGAUGCCGACAACAAGCUGGAGGCUGCUGCUCUAGUCUUUCUGGUGCGGACGGAGGAGUCCCUAGACGGCAACAGUUGGGGUCUUCCUUCUCUCACGUCGCUGGAGGCGUCUUACAUGACUGCGCUGAACAACGGACAGGCCACAUCCUUCGAUUCUCCAGGCAUCACACCCAGAGUUUCCGACCUUAGAUCGACUAGCAGUGGAAGUAUGGAAGGCUCUGAGUGA